GCCUGUUACUCCAGGUGUUUCUUGACUUCCUACUUUUGCAUUAAACUUUGUGGGGUGCCGCCUGACGGCCUGGCCUCGAGUCCCUGGUCGGCCUCGUCAGCUGCCAUUCACAGUGCUUCGGCUCCUGCUGUGGCCCAGUGUUGUGCCCUGGACACAGCACACUUCCUUACCUUUGCCUGUCCAGCUGCUCCUGCUUCCUCUUCUGUCCUGGAUGUGUGUCUGGGUCUCUCCGGGGUCCCCCCUCUCUCUCCAGUCCCAGAAAGAGGCUCUUCCUCUAUUCCCUUGUUCUCCCACCCACCUGUGGCCAGUGGUAAACGUGCUGGAAAAUGUUUAACAAGGAGUUCUGGGAGGGGCAUGGCACCCAGUGCAGUGCUGGGGGAGACAUGCACAUGGCUGGUGGUUGGGGCUGGCUUUAGCUCGCCUCCACUCAAGACCGGCGAAUUCAAGGGCUCUCUCCCUCUGAAGCUUCUUCAAGGACACAGAUGAGCAGCAACAGCGGUAAGAGAGCACCGACAACAGCGACCCAGCGCCUGAAGCAGGACUAUCUCCGGAUUAAGAAAGACCCUGUGCCUUACAUCUGUGCCGAGCCCCUCCCUUCCAACAUCCUUGAGUGGCACUAUGUGGUCCGAGGCCCUGAGAUGACUCCCUAUGAAGGUGGCUAUUAUCACGGAAAACUAAUUUUUCCCAGAGAAUUUCCUUUUAAACCUCCUAGUAUUUAUAUGAUAACUCCCAAUGGAAGAUUUAAGUGCAAUACAAGGCUGUGUCUUUCUAUCACGGAUUUCCACCCAGACACGUGGAACCCGGCCUGGUCCGUCUCCACCAUCCUGACGGGGCUCCUGAGCUUUAUGGUGGAGAAGGGCCCCACCCUGGGCAGCAUCGAGACAUCGGACUUCACGAAAAGACAACUGGCUGCACAAAGUUUAGUGUUUAAUUUAAAAGACAAAGUGUUUUGUGAAUUAUUUCCUGAAGUUGUGGAGGAAAUUAAGCAAAAACAGAAAGCACAAGACGAACUCAGUAGCAGACCCCAGGCUCUCCCCUUACCGGACGUGGUUCCAGACGGGGAGACGCACCAUGGCCAGCACGGGCUCCCGCUCCUCAAUGGGCACGCGCCGGGGGCCGGGCCGCACCUGGCGGGGCUCCAGCAGGCCAACCGGCACCAUGGACUCCUGGGCGGGGCCCUGGCGAACUUGUUUGUUAUAGUUGGGUUUGCAGCCUUCGCCUACACGGUCAAAUACGUGCUGAGGAGCAUAGCGCAGGAGUGAGCUGCCACCACGACCAGCAGAGGGGUCGGACACACAGGAUGCUGGGCCCGAGCUCGACGCGGGCUGGCUGGACGUGCCACUGAGCACGCGGGCCUGGCUGACUCCUGGGGUUAGCUUUUUAAAAACCUUUAAAAGGAAAACAAGAACCAAAGUGUGUAGUUUGGAUUUGGAGGAAACGUGAGAUCCCCAGCCCCCAUGCUCGCCCUGGGAUCUGGCAGGGGCUGAGGGGCUCCAUGUCCACGAGGAGGCCUCACGCUUUGGUUUUAUAGCUUAUCUCCCAUAUUGUCUUUUGGACCUGUUUUAGUAACCUGUUUUUCAUUUUAUUAGAUUUGGUCACUUAAAAAUAUAAAACUCGAUGCCUAUCCAACACUCUGCGUGCGUUCUUAGUGCAGAACUCUGACCCGGCAGGCAGGGCCGGGGCCUGGCAGGUGGCCAAGGGUGGGUCGGGGGUGUGGGCCCUGUCUGGCCUUAGUGUUUAAGACAUGCUUUUGUUCACUAGAAACGAGCAGGUUUCUCUUGGGGGAGCACACGGGCUCUUGUGCUGAAGUUGAAAAUCUGCUUUCUCACUGAGGCUGAGCUGUGUGUGUUGCCUGGUCACACUGCCCGCUUCCCUUCACACCUGCAGCCUUCCCUGUGCUGCGCUGGUGGCAGGAGGAAACCCUCAGCGGCUCCCUGGGUCCCACCUGCUCCACAGCCUCCGCAUUUGUGGUCCAGACCUUUGUUUGCCCUGGAGACAGGCUCCCAAAGAUCCUUUCACAGCAGAUCCGAGGCUGGCUGUCUGGGAAGGAGGGAUGGACGGCUGAGUUCAGGGGCAGGGCUGGUGGGCGCCCUCUCAGGCUUGGGAUCUGUGACUCCCUGGUAGGCCAAUGUCUUCCUCCUCUGUGUCUCUGCUUAAUGACGUCGCCUGCACAGUGUUUAGUGUUUGGAAGGUGCUGUGCCUGGGGGCUACCAGACAGCAGCUGGUGACUUCACUGCGUGCAGGCAGGCAUUGAUGCAUCUUUAGCAUUCUUUGUAUUUUGAUCAACUUAAAAUUGCUUUUUGAUUUACCACUUCUGUGUAUUUGACCCACUCCUGUGAAAAAAAUCCUUUUGUCUUUGUUCCUAA